AUGGUAUUUUUAAUUGUUUACAAGAGCCGGAGUAAAUCGGUGAAAGCUUUGAACGAUCCUAAAAUAGUAGAACUAGCCGAAGCUGUGGUCGCAGAAGAGCAGGCUGUAGAAGAAGAACGACAACUUACUGCGGCUAUAGAAGAGGCAUUGUCGGAACGAGCCCGCUUGUCUCGUCCUUCACUAGGGGAAGAGCCGUUAUGGCCGAGAACAUCUCGUUUCGCAUCUUACGGCGGGGGCUACGGCAGCCUCCUUGCGCCGCCUCGGAGGCUGUCAACAUUACGCGGAGAUUCACUUCCGGGUUCCGCGCUACGUUUUGGUGAAAGACGAGCGUCGGGACCUCGUGAUCGGCGCUUGAGCUCAGCGACUUGCUCGAGCUCGGGAAGUUCCUAUUUGGAGAGGCGCGGGUCGUCGGUUGUUUGUUCGUUACCGGAGCGACGCUUAUCGCCAUGUCCCAGUGAGCGGUUGGCGCCGCUAGCCUCUGUAGGUAGUGUGGGACCGUCAUUCGCGGUGGAAUGCGAUCUCGCGUCGGUGGGUGCGGAUUCCGUGUUUGCAGAGGACGAUGCAGAUACUACCGACGACGAGGUCGAACAGUUUUCGACUGACAGCGGUGGUCCAGACGCAGGCGCACACGAUUGUACCGAACUCACGAGCCGGCCGGUACUCCCGUUGCGCGUAGACCGCGCUUCUCAUUCUCGUGAAACGUUAUUC